AUGAAUAUCGUGAAGGGUUUUUGGAGGUCUGCACCUGUAUUCCGCAGCAGCUUUGCGUCUAACUACAACACUAUAAGCCAUGCCAUACGACCGUUAUCAACUACUACAACAUCUCCCUUAUCAAAGCCAGUGGAUAAUGCACCUUCAUUGGAGCUAGAUAAAUUAUACAAAAGAGUGGAAUUAGAAAUGAGAGGCAUUGAUCCUGCUGUACUUUUAAGCUAUUCAUGGUUUUGUAUUGCAGCAGCUUCUCACUUGGGUAUUGAAGUAACAAAGAAUUGGGCUUUGAGGAAAGCUGAAAAGGAAAGGCAUACUCUCUUAAGGUGUGUUCACAUUUAUAAAAAACACAGAGUUCAGUAUGAGAUUCGGACAUACUUCAGAUUCAUACACUUGCAGCGGCUCACAGGGUCUACUUGUGACACUUACUUAGAAUAUAUUGAGAGGAACCUACCUGAAGGCUGUGCACUUAAAGUCACAAAAGUAGAAUGUCAGAAAUUACCUGAACAUUUUAUACCACCUAGUAAAUAG